AUGAACGGAAUUUUCUUUUUCUUGUCCCCUAGAACCACGUAUGAGGACAUCCUUUCGUGGUCCGAGUCGUUUGACACCCUCAUGAGGUGCUUCACUUCUCCGGACGGUGCAGUGGGUCAGAAAGCCUUUCGAGAGUUCCUGCGAUCGGAGUACAGUGAGGAGAAUAUCCUCUUUUGGUUGGCCUGUGAGGACCUUAAGCAGGAGACCAAACCCGAGGUGGUGGAGGAGAAGGCGCGACUCAUCUACGAAGACUACAUCUCCAUUCUGUCGCCUAAGGAGGUGAGUCUGGAUUCGCGGGUUCGUGAGAUGAUCAACACGAACAUGACCCAGCCCACGCCGCACACUUUUGACGAGGCUCAACUACAGAUUUACACCCUGAUGCAGCGCGACUCCUAUCCUCGAUUCCUCAACUCGAGGAUCUACAAGGACCUGCUUGCCAUGACGAAAGGCGACAGCUCCUAG